GUGACAUCGGGCACCAAACAGUAUCUUGAAUCGACAUCUGUCGUCAAGUUAUUGGAUAUGACAGUCGAGUUUGUGAUGGAAAAGCCGGGAGUAAUGUCACUGAAUCAGCUGAGUGAGUAUCCCCGAACACUCAAAAGAUACCAUUCCUCACCUUUGUGUCCUCCAGCACGCACAACAAGGAUCAGACGUCAGGCAAAAGGCCCACCUGCAGUUUCACCAUACUUUGUGGUGCGGAAGGAAGGAUGGGCUAUCAUAGAGCAGAAGCUUUUAGGACCAAGAGCAGAAGGUCUCAAUGUGUUUGUUAUCAGUGGAAUGGGAGGAUGUGGAAAGACUCAAAUGGUGUCAUAUUUUGUGCCGAAGCAUCAUCAAAAUAUCAAAGCAGACCUACGGAAUGCAAUUCGAUUGCUAGAUGGACACCAGCAAGACUCAGAACAUGAAGCCCUUUUAUUUCUCCAAUCUCAUUCAGACUCACUACUCAUAUUCGAUAAUGCCGACAAUCCAAAGGUUGAACUUGUUCCAUUCUUUCCAAGACUGUACAGAGGAAUCAUCCUGAUCACAACUCGAGUCCAAACAUUGAGGUCCCUCUCAACUCUACAUCACCUUGAGCUUGGCCCAAUGUCAUAUGAUGAGGCAAUUGGGACCCUAGUGAAAGCAUCUGGACAAACUCUUCCCCUUGCACCCAAUGAUGUCCAAUAUGUUGAUCUCCUCAUCAAAGAACUAGGGUGCCUUGCACUUGCACUUGUCCAAGCUGGUAUUUAUAUCGUCAAUAUUUCGUCAGUCAAGGCCACCAACUCAUGUGACUCUGUAUUUGGACAUUAUCUGGGCCUAUUUCGACGAGAACGAGCAAUAUUGAUGCGCAAAGAAGGGACUAAAUCAUUGGACCAGUAUAAACGAGGUGUAUAUCCCACACUUGAUCUAUCAUAUAGCCUUCUUUCUCCAUCUUGCAGAGAUUUCUUGCAUCUGUGCUCUCAGCUUCACUACACCAAUAUUUCACUUGCAAUGGUACUAGCUUCCAUGGAGAGGAAGUUUGAGGAUCAGUAUCACUACUUGGAACGUCAUGAGAGUCACAAGGAAGUUCAUAAAAGGCUGCAUGCACUACUCUGUUCCAAUGGAGGACAAAAUGAACUACAUGUGCAUGACAUGAUACAAUCCCUGGCAUCCCUAUCAUUAGUCCAGACAUCUAUGGUCAAUAAUACAAUUCUACUCCGGUUCCAUCCACUCAUACAUUCAUGGGCUCAUGAAAUGUUGCCAGCAAGUUCAAAAUCAAUGUAUAACCAAAUGGCAAUCACACUAGUGUCUACAUGUAAAGCUGCUCUUUCACCAGCACAUGUACAAUAUCUUCCAUUACAUAUGGUGAGAUUGGUAGACACAAACAAACUGAGGGAUCUACAUGCAAGAGAUAUGAUCCAAUUUGGAAAAGUCCUUGGGGAUUAUGGGUUUGGGAGAGUAGCAAUAGAAUUACAUGAGGAGGCUGUCAAGAGGAUUGAAAUGGAAGCUGGAAGAAAUGACAAUCAGAUAAUCAGUGGGAGUACAUUUUUGGGAUCAGCAUAUGUCCAAGCAGGGAGGUUGAAGGAGGCAGAGAAGGUAGAGGUGAAAGUACUGGAAAUGCAACAUAAGAAACUGGGAGAGUGGCAUCCAGAUACAAUUUUGGCCUCCAACAAUCUUGCAGACACCUACUAUCACCUUGGUAAGCUAAAGGAGGCUGAGGAGCUGCAAAUCAAGGUAUUGGAGAUGCGGAAGGAGAUACUAGGGGAGCAGCAUCCAGAUACAAUCAAAGCCUCCAACAAUCUUGCAAACACCUACUGUGAUCUUGGCAAGCUAAAGGAGGCUGAGGAGCUGCAAAUCAAGGUAUUGGAGAUGCGGCAGGAGAUACUAGGGGAGCAGCAUCCACAUACAAUCCAAGCCUCCAACAAUCUAGCCAUCACUUACCAACAACUUGGAAGGCUAAUAGAGGCCAAAGAACUCUGCCAAAAGGCAUAUGAACCUGCAAGCAUUGUACUGGGAGAGAAUCAUCCAACCACUGUCUGGAUCAAUAAGACUUUGGUUAGCAUUCAAGCUGAUAUCAGACAAUCAAGUCAAAGGAAGUCAAGGAAAAGGAAAAGAUCAAGCACUCUUGACUCCCCAUA